CCGACGUGGUGAGAGACACUUGUACCGGACAUAUACAUACAAGUGCUGUGCUGUGAAGUGAAAUGGAAUGAUUAUGUUUAGUUGAAAGAUCACUGAAAUGCGUUAGGAUCAACAUGGAUUCGCCCGUAUCAUCGCAAGAUAACGACAUCGAGGUCAACGUUGUAUCGGGAGCCAGUAGUCCUGACAUACCGUCGUCGCCAUCUAGAAAAGAACAGAAGAGUCCAUUCUAUGAUCUCAAGAAGGAUAAGGAAGAUAAGGCAACCGGAAGUGCUCCAUACACCAGCUUCUCCAUCAGUUCCAUAUUGAACAGGGCGGAACCGAGACGAGAGAAUGUUCUGGAGGCGGCGCUCGCAGCAAACCACUUCGGUAACGCGAAUGACGCUAUGCUGUCCAGACUGGGUCUGAUCUCUCAGUGGAGCGCGCUGGCUGGGCGUUACGGUGGCCUGGUCCCAGCUCCCUGGUACUGGCAGAGACCACACGAGAGAACCCCUCCCAGAGAGGAUUCCACCACUAAUGAAGAGGGCUCCGCUGGCGGUUCGCCCCGGCCUCGCAGUCCCCCACGGGCGCCCUCGCCCCCCUCUCCAUCGCGGUCCUCCCCCCGCUCCCCGCGUCUCCAUCCAGCGCUAUACCCCCAGCAGCCGGACGUUCAAGACUCAGACCCUGACGUCGACGAGAGCGAUGAUUUCGACAAAGACGAGAAAAGAGAUCCGAGUUCGAGCCUCGGCAAACGUAAGAAGAAGACGCGGACGGUUUUCUCGCGCUCGCAGGUUUUCCAGCUGGAGUCGACCUUCGAUAUGAAGAGGUACCUCAGCAGCUCGGAGCGCGCGGGGCUCGCGGCUAGCCUCCACCUCACGGAGACCCAGGUGAAGAUAUGGUUCCAGAACAGAAGGAACAAGUGGAAGAGACAGCUGGCGGCGGAAUUAGAAGCGGCUAACAUGGCGCACGCCGCGCAGAGACUGGUCCGCGUACCGAUCCUGUACCACGAGUCUAGACCGACUUCCAUACCGCAUACUCCACUGCCGAUACAUCCUCAGUUCAAUGAAGCCGGGGUGUAUUUCCAGCCUCAAGCGCCGCAGCAGCUGCAGCCGCUGCCCUCUUCGCCAGUCACUUCCCGGGCGCCGCUGUCCAGUCUAGUGUAGUGUUCGCUUCAAGCCGCUGAAAGAUUUAGCGCAGCGGAUGAACACUUCUGAUAGGACUUGUAACCUAAGUGACUAGGACUCGCACUUGUCAAUGCCAAAUUAAGAUCCUAAAUUAAUUUAUCAUAAUUAUCGUGAGUAGUAAAUCGAAGUAAAUGUAACGUACAAAAUCGUUGUCAUUCCACAUUUGUAUAUUAUUGUAAAUAGUGAAUUAAAAAAAAAAAUGUUUUUAAAUGUUCUUGUAUUUAUUCUGUGCUAGCUGAUAAUGUAAAUAGUGUACAAGCGACCGGAAACAGCUUCCAGUUAUGUUGUUAUUUUAUAUUUAUAUACAAAACUGUUACAUGUAAUAUUAUUUUUCAAUGAAUGAAUAAAUAAAUAAUGAUUUUUAUUAAAAAAAAAAUUAAAUUUAAAUUUUUCGGUAGUAACGUUUUCAUGCUAGCAACCCCGAAUCGAAGUUUAGUGAUAAUUUUGUAUAAAUCGUUGCCAUGU